GAGUGAUCAGCUAACAGAUCCGAAAAGGCAUUGGAUUAGCGCGCCGUUGCCGCAUGCUUUGUUGACGUAGUCUAGACUGGGAAACAUGCCGGACAUCGAUAGAAAACAAGGCAACGACGUAGAUUUCAAAUGGAUCGGCGAUUUUGUUGUGGAAAACCGCAGGAGCAAGAACAGGUCGUACAGCAAAUUCAAGCUUUCGGGAAGAACGUAUGCCGUCGGCGACUACGUUUUGAUCCGCGAUGACGACAGUAUGGAUCCCGAAGCACUUCGCAACUGCUACGUUGGUCGGAUCAAGAGCGCCUUCGACACAGGGGAAACGGAUGGAGACCACCGGUUUGUCACAGUGGCCUGGUACAUCCGAGCUGUCGAACUUCCACCUUCACAGCAGGCCAAGAUUGUUGAUGUUGACUAUUUCCGUGAAGUGUUACUCGACGAACGCAAGCUCUGGUCCGACACCGUCGAUGCCGAGACGAUCUUCGGCAAGUGCUCGGUACUGACAGUGCCUGCUGAUGUGUCAUCCAAGGCUGUCUUUGAGAUGGUUGAUGGUGAAGGGAACCCACUGUUCUUCUGCCGGUGGAAGUUUGAUGGUCGUAGCAUCACCCCUAUAUUCGCACCUCUGUCACCAUCCUCCAGCAAGAAGCUAUCAUCAAAAAGUGGCACGCCAACAUUGUUGCGGGAGCAAUCCCUGAGCAAAACACGUCGUAGUGUCUCAACACCAAUCCGCAAGCAGGUGCAGUCGAGAGGGGUGUCCCUGUCAGCUCGGCAGCGAGAUGGUGUGUCCGUCGCUCUCGAGGGUAGGCUGACCGACUUUCCAAGUCCGGUCAAGUCGCAGUCGUCCCCGCACAAGGUGCUUCUGGUCUCCCCAAUCAAGAUGCGUAGAGAGUCCGAGACUUGGAACUGCCUCCAGAAGUCAACUCCUCCACCACAGAGCCAUGGGAAGCACAAAGUCACUAACAAGAUGGAAUCGCCUGAGGCAAGCACUUAUGCAUCGCCAGUGAGACACCGCAAUCGUGAUCUCGGGCUCUUGCAUGAUGACGUGUUUGCAACGCCAACACGUAGCGCUGACACGCGAGUCGUAAUGCGGCAUCGCAAGUGCCACACGGAACCCGGGAGGGCAGCGUCGCGCAGCAAAAGCGCAUCAUCAUCGUCGCAGCAGCACCAGCACGAACCCAAGUUCUCGCGGUCAGGACGCUUGCUGAAGAAGAGUUGGCGGCACUCAUUUAACUCCGAUGACGACAGUUCAAGUGAGUCGCAAAGGCAGACGACACCCCGGAGCAGACGCAAGCUCGAUAUGAACGCAGCAUCCGGGCAAGUGACUGAAAAAACUGGCAAGAAGGAGCAUUCCAACUUCAGUGAUGAAAACCCUGCUCCACAGAAAAGUCCUGCGCCGAAGGACAGCGACGCUGCAGUUGUUGUUGAAAAAAAGAGGAGCCGCUCGUCUCGAAGGUCCCAAAAGAACACACUGGAGCUGUGCGCCAAGGCAACCAGGACGCCACGUAGCAAAAGCCGGGGCGUGGCAUUCUCGGAAGUUCUUGACAAGGCGCCAAAAGUUGGGUCAUGCACGUCCCCCGUAUCGAGGAACGCGAGAAAGGCACGGUCCAUGGUGGAUGACUCUUGCGAGACAACGCCACCCCGCAACAAGAUGGCCGAUCACUUGCGGCAGUCUCGGGCCGUGAAGUGCCACACAGAACCCAAGAGAGGUGCAGGUGCUAACGUCCCUACUCCCAGCAGGCUUGCAUCAACGAGGUCUGGCCGCAAAGUGAGGAGCGUGCGCUACGCCGAAAUCUCCUACUCCGAUGAGGACGACGUGUUCACAAGUGAGAUGGAGCGGAAGCAGACGCCACGGAGCAGACGGAAACUCGACCUUGGUGUCAAGCCGGGAAAGUUGCAGCUCAACAAGGGUGAGGAAUGCGACACAAGCGACGAUGAGGACCCCAACUUUGAUGAAGUCUUCGCAAGCUCCUCCAGUGAUGAAGAAUACGAUGACGUUGAGACACCAAAGAAGCAACACAAAAAGCUGCCCUCCAUGCGAACUCCACGCUCAUCUGUGAAGAAAUCACUUACCGGGACUCCACGAACACCACGGACUCCACGAACUCCGCGAACACCGCGAACCCCAAGGCUGUCAACACUGUGCCUCACUCCGUCUAUUCCAAGAAGGAGUCAAGCCAUCGAGGGACCGCAGACGCCACUCGACAUAGCCAAGUCACGACUGCACGUGUCUGCUGUGCCAACUUGUCUUCCGUGCCGAGAGCAGGAGUUUGCAGACAUCUACUCGUUCAUUGAGGGCAAGCUGCAAGAUGGUACUGGAGGGUGCAUGUACAUUUCGGGUGUGCCUGGCACGGGCAAGACGGCUACCGUUCACGACGUCCUUAGAGUGCUGCAAGAGUCUGUUGACGGUGGCUACACUCAAUCCUUCAAGUUCGUCGAGGUCAAUGGCAUGAAGCUCACCAACCCCGCACAGUGCUACAGUCACAUCCUCAGGGCCUUGACCGGAGAGAAUGCAACACCAGAGCAGGCGGCAGAGCUGCUGAGUCGUCGCUUCGAGCGACCCGGUCCCCGGCACGAUCCGGUCGUCCUUCUCGUCGAUGAGCUCGACCUGCUGUGGACACGCAAGCAGCAGGUUCUCUACAACCUGUUCGACUGGCCCACCAAGCCCAGAUCCAGGCUCAUCGUGCUGACCAUCGCCAACACAAUGGAUUUGCCUGAAAGGCUCAUGUCGAACCGCGUCUCAAGCCGACUGGGCUUGACCAGGAUGACCUUUCACCCCUACAACCACAAACAGCUGCAAGAGAUUGUGUUGUCCCGGAUGCAAGGCCUAGAAGCCUUCGAUCCUGAUGCUGUACAGCUUGUUGCGAGGAAGGUGGCAGCAGUGUCCGGAGACGCACGGCGUGCGCUCGACGUCUGCCGUCGAGCCGCUGAAAUCGCGGAGCAUUCGUUGCACGAAAGUCCCAAGAAGACAUCGCGGCACGUUGUCGGUAUGACCCACGUCGACCGUGCCAUUCAGGAGAUGUUCUCUUCACCCAAGAUCCUUGCCAUGCGGUGCCUCUCACAACAGGAACAGAUCUUCAUGCGCGCUGUGGUUGCUGAAUUUCGUCGAACAGGAGUCGAGGAGACAACCUUCUCCAAGGUCUACAACCAGCACAUCACCAUCUGCAGGCUCGAAGGAGUGAAGCCGCCAACCUUUUCCGAGGUUUCGAGCAUCAGCUCGCGCCUGUCAAGCUGCCGACUGCUACUGUCAGAGCUCGGAACAAACGAUCUCUUCCAUAAGAUCCAGUUGAACGUCAGCGUUGACGACGUCAACUAUGCGCUCAAGGAGGCGUAGCUCGACAUUCCAUUUCAUUUGUCAUCAUCUGUAGUUGCCACCUUGUUAAGGACGGCGUCACGCGGUACAGCCUUCAAUUGUUGCAGUGGGACUUCCUUCAAUCGGCUCCCAGAGAAUCUCUGAAACAGUCUUGUUCUGCCUGCAGGUUCACUUGACUGAAACAUCUGCGAGAUGAGAGUGUGUACAUUUCUUCUAUUCCGUAAUCUAUGCCAUAUUGUACAUAGUGCCACUUUGCUUCAUGUGAUAAAACUUGAUUCCUAGGUUUACAUCAUAGGGCAAGCUCACUCUUAAUGUGUUACCUAGAACUCUAUCUCAAUGGCAGAUUGGAGUGGACCGUUGAAACACGUGGACCGCUUUAUGCAGGUGACCGGGUCGUGAGAAAUGCCAUUGACUUUUUAAUGUGGCUACACUGUUUUUUGUAGCUGGAUGACCUAGGACCAUGGAACUGAGGCAGUUUCUUAAAUGACAUCAACUUUAUCCAAGUGAAGGCAGUUUUAAGAUGACUGACUUGUUGUACAGAUUAGUAUAGUUAGCUUUGUAAUCAUGCUAAGUCACUGAUGAAAAUCAACCUUUGUUGCUGUUACUCUUUUCAUAUUGACAAUUCACUGUUUUGAGCUGUGUUUGACAUUGCAAAUACUUUUGUGCCAGUGUGGUUGCAUUAGCGUUAAGAUAUAUUUUUUUAUUGCACUGUGAAUUCUUUAUUUCUUUUUCUUGAAGGAAAUGGUAGCCAUUUUAAAAGGAAGCUUUAUCUUAGGCUCAACUCUGUGCUUUGGGCUAAAACAUUGUGUUCUUAUAAGGCAUGCACUGCACCAAUUUGAAUGCAAUUUGCUGAACUUAGAGAAGGAAGCCUUUUUUCUGUAUAUUCGAUGCCAAGAGUCGCAACAUUUUCAAUAUUUGAGAACUGUGCAUUUACACUCUGCAACCAAUGCAAGGCGAGAUGAAAAGAUUCCCUAAAUAUACCUGUUGUUAGUAUACUUCAAGUAGGCAAAAUUUCUCAAAUAAAUUAAAUUUUCCAGAAAACUGUUGCAUCUUAAGAAGUGGGUUAAAGUCUCACAUUUAAGGGGGGAAAAUUGGCGUGUCAGUUACGCCGAGUAUAAAAUGUCAUCCAACUUAUGGAUGCACAUGUCAGUCUUGUCGGAAUUGGCCUCAGUUGUUUAGUGAGAGCACUUGUUGUUUCUCAGUGAUUUUAAAUAAUGGAGCCAUAUUUGGGUUUGAGUCGAAGCACCCUUUGAGAAGGACAGGUGCAAAUGAGCCUUGAAAAGUUGUGUAACCAUCCUUCACCAGGCAGUUAGUGUUGAAAAAGGAGUUGUUUUACAAGCGAGGAUGUCUAUACUAUUGUUGUUUAGCAGCCUUUUACACUUUGCUGUCCAUUGGCUUUCAAGCACUGUUGAGCUUACGGUUAUUUGUGACUUCUUGUUGUUCUGUUUACACUUAGUCUUUAAGAUGUUUCUUCCUUAGUCUGUUUAUAGAAGUGCCUGCUACUUUUUGGCAAAACCUGUUUGGUGGAAGACAUAUAGAAAUGUUUUUGGCCACUUUUUGAUGAAACAUGUUUGGAGAAGACAUUUUAGAAACUUUUUGAAGUAUUUCUUUUCCCCACUUUAUGACAAAACCUUUUUGGUGAAUACAUUUUUAGAAAAGUUUUUGAAGUGUUUUUACAGCUUUCAUGGGGCCCAUUGUUCUAGCUUUAAAAGUGUUUCACUAAAAUAUUCAUUGUAGUUUUACUGCUGCUUUUUUAACCUUUUAUACAGGACAUGUUUUCAAGGCAGCAGAAUCAGUUGGUCCAUGAACUUUUUUAGUGUAGCAUAGGUUGUGUAGUUUUCAAAGUGUGUGUGUGUGUAUAACGAUGUUCAAGCUAAAAAGAAGCUAAUUUGCUUUACGACCUUUGCAACAAGCUGUUUUUGUUUUGCUGUGUUGUGAUCACUUUGUACACGUUCUUCAGUGCAAGUGCUCUCAUGUUUUGUCACAAUCCAAAUGAAUAUAGAAUGGCUGCAAAGGUCAGCUAUUCACUGCCAUGUGCUGUUCUGUCACAUUUAAUGUCUGGGACACUUCUAGUCUAAACUGAUAACUGUAAACAAGACUUGUGAUGCUGCUGUGAAUUUCCAAAGCACAGAUUUGCUACCCAGAUAGUGCUUGACUGGGGUGUUGUCUCUGAAUAAAUUGCAGGUGUUGACACAGUUGCUGGUUGGUUAGCUGGCUCAUUUCUUGGGUAUUGCAAGCUUCAGUACAAACAGAGAAUGUUAAUGAAAAUAAACAACAGGCACUUCUGAUUUUUUAUCUUUCAUAUGUAAAAGUCAGUUUGUGCCAAAAGCUAAGGCACAUUAUUCGAGCGUGGGGGUCUAACGUAUUGCUGCAUCAUUCCUGAUAAAU